AUGCCCUCCCUAUCGGAACAACUGCAGGAGGCCCGGAGUCAGGCGGAAGUGUGUCUAUACUCAGGCGGCAGAGUGGUGGAUGUCCGAGCUGGUGUGAUGGUUAUGGCUAAUCUUUCUUUACCGCCAUGUUCCAAAUACCACCACAUUGCUGCUGAAACUAUGGUGAUAGAAAACAGCUUUGGUAGCAACAGAAAAGAGACACUUGCAUCACUGCAGCGCUUAUCUACAGCUUUGAACAUCCUGGAAAAGUAUGGAUGUAAUUUAACAAAUCCCAACAGACCUAAAUUCUGGAGAACUGUCAAGCACAACAAUCCAGUGUUCAGGGCCACCGUUGAUGCUAUCCAGGGAGGAAGGGCAGUGCUUUGUCUCUACGGUUACUCCAAUCAGCAGCCAGAUGGGCUCAGCUUCCCCGAUGAUGUCACAGAUCCUGAUGUUGGCAAAGUUGCAGCUAUAACUCUGGAGGUGAUGAGCCUAAGGAUGGAGCUAGAAAUGCUUAUCAAGGAGACGCAUCCUCAUCCGGAAUUCUAUGAGAGAAUCAUUCCUACUCUACGACACAAGGAUGUAGGUCUGAACACAGAUGCUGUGGUCAGCCGUUCAUCUUUCAGCUGUCGCAAAAAUCAUUCGGACAGCCAAUCCAAGUCGCUUGCCUUCCCUCUUCACCAUCACUCCAUGAGGGAGAGCAGCCAAGCUCGGUCACUCUCUUCCAACCAUCAAAGUCUCAGGCCCAUUCAGGUCUUGUUCCCUCCCUUCAAGAAACACCCAGAGAACUGCACCCUCUGUGGAAUAUUUCGCAUCACUGUCCACUGUCUGACUUGCCUCCAAGGCAUGUGUUCCGAGUGCGACAGACUAUACCAUUCCUACCCUGAAAGGGCCAAGCACCGUCGAACUGCUGUCACAUCUUCCAUUUCUUCCGCCACGUCUAAAAGUGAAAAUAGUAAAAGUUCUUCCACCUGGCAUUGCCUUCACUGCACAAAAGUCAACUCAUCCCAAGAUGUGCUGUGUGAGGAUUGCGAGUGCCCUCGCUGCGAAUCACUCGGCUCCGCUGCGGAUGAAUCUCCACCAGCUACCAUCUCAGAGUGGCAGUGUAAGAGCUGUACUAUGGUCAACGCAGCCAGCAGCAUUCUGUGUGAAGUGUGUGAAAGACCUCGUUUGGCUACACGACCUCCGGUUACCCCUUCACACCCUCCUAUCACCCCACCCAGACCACUAGCGCCUGUACUGGGCAUGCCUGGGGAUCCUGACAGCCAGUGGGUGUGUCAGUUUUGUACAUAUCUUAACUACUCACCUGCCACACUUUGUGAGAUGUGUGACCUCGCUCGUCCGGAGCCUGCACCUCUGCCGUCAAAACUCCGCCCUCCCUCCCCGGUCAGACGGGUCCCUGCUCUGUCAGUCAAACCCAAAGAACUGACGCAAGAAGACCCAAACUCCUGUAGGCAGCGGCAAAUGAAGGAGGACGGGCUGAAGCUAAUACAGCUGAUUCGAGAUGGAGAGAAGAAUGGCAUCAGCCCUGAGGAGGUGUACACAUGCAUUAAGGUCGCUAAAAACACCAGCAUUCUGCCUUGCAAAUGGUUGAAGUCCGAGCUGCCUCAGCAACUGGACAAGAUCAGCUUGUUGUCAGCGAUGCUCUCCCAUCAGUUUAACAGGUCGUGUGAGGCUCCCACUGAGGAUUCUGGAAAAGUUGCAGUCCAACUUUCUAGAGCAGAAGCCAAGCAGGCCUGGCUGACAACAGGAGGUGAUUCUGAAAGGGCUGCCAGACAAGCCCUUCGAGACAGACUCACAAAAAUAAAGAUGCUGUGCUCGUUGGGCUUUACUGACGAGGCUCAUUGUCAUGAGGUAUUGAGGAAGAGUGGCGGGGAGGUCAGAGCGGCACUGGCUUCUCUGCAGCGCCCCCUUCUGGAACCCUUUCAUGAACGUAUUUGGAGUGACGAGCCUGAGCCAGCCGUUGAUAUCAAUCACCCUGACAAACAACGUAUAUGUCGGAGGUUACUAGCCGUAUAUGAUCUACCCAGCUGGGGCCGCUGUGAGCUGGCACUAUCUCUUCUUCAGGAGCACAAUGCCUCCUACUCUCUGGAGGAUGUAGUACAGGCCGUACGGGAGUCUCAUGACAGAGAGUUCAUCAAAAGAGUCCUGGCCAAAGAAUGUCCCAUCUGCCUUUCUCUUUUCCCCCAUAGUAAGAUGCAGUCCCUGACAUCGUGCCAGUGUUCUGUGUGUUGUGAUUGUUUCCAGCAGCAUUUCACCAUCGCUGUUAGGGACAAACAUAUCCGAGACAUGGUGUGUCCAGUCUGCUGGGAGCCUGACAUCAAUGACCCUGAGGAUCUCAACAGCUACUUCUCCACCUUGGAUAUCCAGUUGAGAGAAUGCCUGGAACCUGAAGUAUAUGAGCUCUUCCAUAAGAAACUGACAGAGCAGGCCCUUAUCAAGGAUCCAAAGUUCCUGUGGUGCUGCCAUUGUUCGUAUGGGUUCAUCUAUGAUGGUGACCAGCUUAAAGUCACCUGUUUUCAGUGCCGCAACAGUUUUUGUGCUCAGUGCAAAAAGCCUUGGGAAUCUCAGCACGCUGGUUUAUCCUGUGAACAAUACCAGUCCUGGAAGAGAGAAAAUGAUCCAGAGUAUCAGAAACAAGGCCUAGCUGGCUAUUUACGAGACAACGGCAUAACUUGUCCGAACUGCCGCUUCCAGUAUGCGCUGUCGAAAGGAGGCUGCAUGCAUUUCUGCUGUUCUCAGUGUCGUUACCAGUUCUGCAGUGGUUGCAACAACCCAUUCCAUACUACGUGCGCUGUGGAUGAGUGCACUGUAUCUGGACUACAUGCUCAUCACCCCAGGGAUUGUCUCUUCUAUUUGAGAGACUGGGAACCUUUGAGACUCCAGGCUUUAUUGCAGAACAAUGGUGUCGCAUACAAUACUGAGCCCCCUCUUGGAACAGAGACAGGGCUAUGUGGCGUGAUUGAGCAGAAGGAUGAUGGAGGCCAGCAACCUGACUCGGCUUGUGGAGCACAGACCCAAACUGGACAUGCUGGACUGUGCGAAAAGCAUUAUAGAGAGUACUUGGUCAGCUUGAUCAACGGCUACUCCAUCGACCCAGCCCGGCUCUACAGCUCCAAUGAACUGCUGCUAGCCUGCAGGAGGUACAAAGUAGAUGACACCCGCAGGGAUGCAGAGGAUGGAUUCACCUACUUCGGCAGACUGCUUGAGAAACUAAUGGAAGAAGUCCCGCUGGGUGACAAAGUCCCACGCAAGAAAUAACAAGAGCCUCAUUCCAUCGCUCAUGCAAUGGCAUAGCUCAAGGGCGCCACAAAACAACAAAUAUUACCCAACACCCCCCAAUUUCUUCAAAAAAUGCUCAUUAACAUUUAUUAUACAGAAUGUUCCCUAUAAGAGGUGUGGGGAAAUAAGGGGGAACAAUCGUAAAUUUUCCAAAAGUCGUUUAUCUGGUCUGGCGCCUGGUGGUGUGUGGGUGGGAAGUCGAAUCAUAUUUCAGGGGGUGGGGGGUAUCAGCUGUAUUUAUAAUAUAUAUAAUGUACUGUAUAUACAAACACAGGAGAAGUUGAAAGAGCAGAAACAUCAUUAAUCCAUGUCAACAGAGUCACAACAACGGCACAUCAAAGCUUGAGAACUGUCAAAUGAUGGCUGUGGGAGUCGUGGCGUUAACAAACGGCACCCUCGUGGGGUUAACGGCUGCAUUGUUACAUCGGCAAGGAAAAAAAAACACAGAGGAAAAACUUUGGUGCUAUCUGUAACUAUGAAUUUAUUCCUCCGAACAGACAGGCAAAUCAGGAUGGAGAACACAUUGCUGCUUUGAAAGGGUAUGUCAAUGGGUGAAUAUAAGACUUAUUUACACAUAGCCAGGGAUUUUACAAAUAGGAGAGAUAUUUCGUGGUUUGACCUGUCAUCCACACUUCCCCGAGGAUUUCUUUAAAUAACAUUUUUCUGAAAACGCCAAACAAAGUGGAGAUUUGCAGAUAUCUCUAGAUCCUUGUUUGGCUGUGGACAGUUGUUACCAGUGAAUUCUAUAUUUUAGGACUGUCCGUCAUCCAGUCUGUCAUUGUCAGUCAAGAUUUGAAUAUUCACAUGACAUGGAUUUUAGAUUUCUAGAUAGUGAUUAAACAUUUGUAAAGUUAGAGAAACUCACCAGUUGGUUUGGUGUAGAUGUGGCUUUUUGAAACAAACACAGAAAGGGGGAAUAUAUAUAUAUAUAUAAUAUAUUAAAGCCUGGCUAUGUGUAGACAAAGCCUUUGUAAAGCACUGUGAGCACCAUAUGUUGUAGAUAGAAGCACUAUGAGUGCGCUCCGAAAAAUAAAUAAAAGCAUGACACGCGGAUCAAAAAAAAAAUCUGUGAAACAGCGAGUCCGCGAAAAGUGAACCGCAAUAUGGCGAGGCAACAUUAUAUAUUGAGACUGCAAUACAAUGUAAUUAAGCAGCGGAAUGUUGUAUUGUGUUUUGAUGAAUCAUUAAAUCAAAUUGAAGUAAUGUUGAAGUGUAAAGUGUUAAAGGGACAUCUAGUGGAUUAUAGAUUGCAACAAAAUAA